AUGAGUAACCAGAGGUGGCUGAAUCUGGCUAAGCACCAAAAGAAGCCACAAAGGAAACCUGCGGAGGCUACAGGUCCCAUUUCCCUAACUGAGCAGGAGAUGACCCAUGUGGAAUUAAGCCUUAGCAACGCCUCUCAGGCGUCUCCAGGCAAUGAGGUGUGCAAAGAGAAGCUCACUGCUGGGAUCCUGGGACUCUUCUGCUUAAAACUCGCUAUGAUGCUCACAGUAACAGUCACUAUUUCCUCUACCAUAAUAGAGGACCAGAACAAAUCUUCAUUGGUAAGAACUCCAAAAGGAACCCACAAUCUUUCCUCAGCAUAUCAUUGUGCUCAUUGUCCAAAUGAGUGGCUCACAUUUUCCAACAAUUGUUAUUACUUUGGUUCGGAAAAGAAAACUUGGAAUGAGAGUUUGGUGUCCUGCUCUUCUAAGAAUUCUAGCCUGACUUACAUAGAUGAUGGGAAAGAACUGUUUGAAAUGACUUACGCAAAAGUGGUUCCCCUUGUACCACCUACUUCAUUUUCCCCAAUGCUUGCAUCUCGAGUUACUAGAGAAGAAUGUUGA